AUGGAUCUAACCAGUACAACAGCAUAUAAUGGAAAUAGUAACAAUGGAAUUCAUCCAAUCAGUCCUGAUAUUGUUCUCAGUCCUAAACGUCAAGAUAGUCUUUCCGACUCACUCUUGGAUUCAUCCGAAUUAAACGAUGACCCUGAACUUGAAACGAUGCGUCAACGUAUACAAGAAAUGGAAGAAGAAGCAGAAAAAUUGAAACAAAUACAAGUUGAUUUUGAUAAACACAUACCAACACCUGGCUCUACAGGAUCAGCACCAUUUCCAACAAUGGAAGAAAAAAUGGAAGCCGAUCUAAAAUCAGUUUAUGUCGGAAAUGUUGAUUAUUCAGCAACAGCACAAGAACUUGAACUUCAUUUUCAUGGUUGUGGAUCAAUACAUCGUGUAACUAUUUUGUGUGAUAAAUUUACUGGACAACCAAAAGGCUUUGCUUAUGUUGAAUUUUCUGAUAAAGAAUCUGUACAAACGGCUCUUGCACUUGAUGAUUCCUUAUUCAAAGGACGACAAAUCAAAGUUACUGAAAAACGAACCAAUCGUCCAGGCGUUUCAACAACGGAUCGACCACCUCGUGGUGCAAUGCGUGGCUUUGGACGUGGUAGAUUUCCACGUGGCGGUGGAGCUUUUAUGCCUUAUGUAUCUGCACCAUAUCGUGGCCGUUUUGGUCGACCUAUAUUUCGUCCACGUGGCCGUUCACUUUAUACUUUUCCACCUUAUUAA